UACUUUUUUACAUGAGGAAUGAUCAUAUACAAAUACAACCAUUUCAUGUUACCAUGCUAUAACAUUUUGCCCACUGAUGCGUCAUUCGUUUGGGGCACUUAACCUAUUCCAAAGGUGGGCCCUGUCAUGAAGAUCACCCGUUGAGAAAAUCAGGCCAAUGCACCGAUCUGGGUGGAACACAACUGUACGGGGGUCUGAUUUUCAGCCAUCAAUUGAUUUGGGUGGUGUGGCCCCACAUGAUGAGUGACUUGGACUGGUUUAUGCUCCAGGUGAUCACCAUGGAAGGGCUCAGCAGUUUCAUGGCUCUGUCUUGCACAUGUGAUGCACUAGGAAUCAUGUAAGGGCAUGUUUGGAUACAUGGAUUCCACAAGGAAAGGAUAUUGGAUUCCUUUGACAACUGGGGCUGUUCAGAUAGAUAGAAAACCAUGGUUUCCAUGACAUAAUCAUUGCACUUAUCCACAGUGAUAGUUCCCUGGCACAAGAAACAAGGUGACCGUUACACACUAACAGACCCCUUUUUCGGAAUUCAAUUUUCUCAGAUUGUUGAUGGCUAUUUCGCCAAGCUUACUCUGAGAGAAACUGCCCCAAGCAUGCUCUGCAAGACCCACCUUCAUGACAACAUCUCUAAUGGCCGUUGCAAUCGAUCACCAUCAUGGAUUCAAGCCGUUGGGCUGGGCCCAGAGAUGCAAGCUUCCCUCCUUCGCGCACCUCGAAUCUGCUGCGAUGGAACUCGACCGGACCAACCGCAUCCCCUCCUUCAAGAUGGCCAUGGCCUCCGCUAGAUUCCACCGAAGAAGCUUAUCCACGCCUUGCUUAUCUGCCAGCACCAAGGCAGAUGACGAAUUCAGUAGCGGCCCCAGGGUAGAAAUUGUCGCAGGUCACAGUGGCCAAAAUGUCCGUUCACUUGUAGUGGAAGCGGCCAUCGCGUUGGCAUCCGGCGUGGACCUAGUGCCGGCACGUGAUGGGCUUGGUGGUGCAUAUUUCCUGCACAGCCGCACCGGCGAGAGCAUUGCUGUAGUGAAACCCAUCGAUGAGGAGCCGCUAGCCAUGAAGAAUCCAAAAGGCGGCAUUGCAGGUUGGAUCCUUGGCCAGACCAGUUUGAGACGUUCAGUUCAAGCCAGCGAGACUGGUAUCCGUGAAGUUGCUGCCUACCUCCUUGACCAUGAUGGCUUUGCCGGGGUGCCCCCAACCGCCCUUGUCAAAAUCUUGCAUGUAGCAUUCCAUGUUGACCGCUCCAGAUCAUCAGCUGCAAUCGCACCCCAACCGUCAGUUAAGAUCGCCUCGAUCCAACGGUUUGUGGCUAAUGACUUCAAUGCAGGGGACCUUGGACCAUCAAGCUUCUCCAUUACAUCUGUUCAUCAUAUCGGCAUCCUCGACAUAAGGCUCUUCAACAUCGACCGCCAUGCUGGAAACAUCCUUGUAAGGAAAUGCGCCCAUGGUGGUUAUGCAAGUUGCGCCAACCAUAGAUGCGAAAGUGGGGCAGCUGAGCUCGUGCCCAUAGACCAUGGACUCUGCCUGCCUGAAUCGCUUGACGACCCUUACUUUGAGUGGUUGCAUUGGCCACAAGCCUCCGUGCCUUUCGCCGAGUUGGAAUUGAACUACAUAAGCAGACUGGAUCCGUUGAAGGAUGCCGAACUUCUUAGAUCUGAACUACCCUCAUUGAGUGAGUCAUCUCUUCGAAUUCUAGUCCUUUGCACGAUUUUCUUAAAGUGUGCAGCUAGUGCAGGCCUUUGCCUUGCCGACAUUGGUGACAUGAUGACCCGAGAGUUCCAUGGCAUGGAAGAGGAGCCGAGCAUGUUGGAGAGGCUUUGCAAGGCAGCGAUGGUGAGAAUGAACACUGCAUUCAAUAAUGAUUCCGACGAGCAAGGAUCAACAGAGGAAAAGAAAGAAGAAGAAAAACAAGAAGCGAUCGAACAGUUCCAAUUUGAUAUGGACUGCAAAGAUAUCUGCCCUGCCGAUAAGGUUAGUAACAAUAGUUUAGAUCAUCCACUCCUUAAGAUGCCAUUACGGUAUCCAUCUGCGAAAUUGGUCGGGGGAUUCUCUAUAGACGACACCUUAUCUCCAUUGGACGAGGAAGAUGACGACCACAAUGACAAUAGUGAGGAUGAUGACGGCAUGGGGUCUGCCACCGAUCGCAAGUUUCUAGGCUUGACGAAGAGCGUGAGCUUUGUGGUCAUGGAGCAUAACCAUGAAUGGGGGGAGAUAUCAUUCAGAGCCAUGGGCAAGGAGGAAUGGGAGUUGUUUCUGGGGAAGUUUGAGGAGCUUCUGCCAAAGGCGUUCGAGUCACGGAAGAGCAUGAGAUUGAAGCUGAGGUUGGGAACUUCUUGCAGAUUUUGAAAGAGAACUUGGAGGGACAAUGCCUGAUGACAAUGAGCUUAUUUAGGCUCUGUUUGGUCGUCACUUAAAUACGAUUUCAUCCUUUUCUAGUUUACCAUAAUUACUUAUUAGAGAUCAUAGCUUAUAUAAAAAUUAGAGCUUCUGUAAGCCCACAUGCAUACAGGAAUACAGCUUAUGUGCAUGUCACACUCGUGCUAGAAUGGUACCUUAGUUCAAGAUCCAAUCCAUCCAUCAGGUUGGUCUGUCCCAUAUAACUACUUGCUGCUCCUGCUUCCUGGCUAUUUAUACUAGAAAACAUUUUGAAAUAGAUGCCUCCCAUUCUCACAUUGUGCAAGUAUAGUCCUACCUUCUAGAUGCUUAAAUCUCCUCCACUCAACAGGUGGGCCCCAAUGUUGGAAACAGGUGGAUGGAUUAGUCAACUUCAGCUAAGCUUUUUCACAGCCAUACAUUUGUUUUUGUAAACUGUGGCCCACCUGACUUGAUUCUUGGGCGUCAGCAUAGUAGUAGCCUUUUGAUAGAUUGGAUCUUAGACCUACAAUGGCCAUGCCGGCACAUGUGUGGUGGAUACAUGAACUGUAUCGCACCUGUGUAUGGGCUUAGCAAAGCUCUAUAAAUUAUAUGGGUUGUGGAAGAUUAUUUUUAAUCCUUGUCAAAAUCUCUAAUAUAUAAUUAUUACCAUUUAACUCAUGUAAACGAGAUGAGAUGAACUCAUUUUUAAGUGGCAACCAAACAGGGCCAUUUAUGCAUGUACAUGUAUAGCAUAUUGUAUGUUAAUCACCCAAAUCCCAUGUGGUGUAGAAAUUGUGAGGGCAAAACUGUCCUUUUCCUGUAUUUUUAUGGGUAUUUAUUCAUUGGCAUUGUGUAUGUAUUGGCUGUGGGAAGCUUGUAAGUUGGGGAAUUUCAGUUGUGGAGAGCAUUGUUCCAAUGUGAGUCAAUGGACAUUGCAUUUUCCUAGCAUAUGAAUCAAUCUGAGCAGGUUUUGGACA